GAUGUCGCCUCAGUCGGACUGUCGGCUCGCAUGAGGGCGGUGAAAUCUAGAAAUAGGGUUUUGCUGACUGAUGUUAACCUGACUAUUUUUCUCAUUUUGACCGAAACUGUCAUGGCGUAGCUAAUCUUUCGGCUUGGGGGAGGAGAUAUUGAAAUAUUGUACCUCAGAUAAUCUGUUUGAUUCUGUAUUCAUCCAAUAAUCGAGCUUUGAGACCACCACACCGUGAACGAAACCGGAAGAUAGCUCGGUCAUUUUGACUUACCCGAGUUGAAGAUCAGAUGAACUGAAUAGACAUAAUUUGUCGUAAUAUGUCGUUAAGUUGACACGAUGAGGUUCGUAGGAAUUAGCUACGUCAGUAGUUGACGCCGCAGUAAACGAGGCCGAACAUUUGAGUUCGAGGCCAUUUUACUUUGUUAACAUUUGACAAUUGAAUCUUUAAACAUGGCCGAUAUCCAGUAUGUUAACAUAAAAGACAUACGUCCAGGGCUGAAGAAUAUCAACGUGAUGUUUAUUGUGCUCGAGAUGGGUAAACCAACAAGGACAAAAGAUGGCCAUGACGUUAGGUCAUGUAAAGUAGCUGACAAGAGUGGCUCCAUCAAUGUGUCUAUCUGGGACGAGGCCGGUGAUCUUCUCCAGUCCGGUGAUAUAUGCAGAUUAACUAAAGGGUAUGCGUCUCUAUGGAAGGGCUGUUUAACCGUUUACACUGGGAAAAAUGGUGUUAUCGCCAAAAUAGGAGAGUUCUGUCUCCAGUUUUCAGAGCUUCCAAACAUGAGUGAAGCAAAUCCAGAUUUCCUUGCCAAAAAUGACCAGCCACCGCAACAACGAAAGUCCCCCACCGAGUCUGAUGGGUCCCAGACAAUGAUACCCUCCCAGACACCUGGAAACAGGCCCCCCAUGUCAGGUGGUCCCCCUCAGAUGGGAGGUCAAGGUGGAAAUGGGCAGUACCGUGGCCCCGGCCCCCAACAUUCUGGCCCCAGGGGUCCACCACCUGUCAAUGGUAGAGGGAGGGGCAUGAGGCGAUAAUUCUCAACUGGUGCUGGAUGUCUACAAGGUUGUCUCCCUUCAAUGGUGCAAGUGCUCUUCAAGAGCAUAAAAAUCGACUUUCAAAAUGGUCAAAAUUAGGGGAAAGGGUUUUGCAAAAAUGGAAAUUGAACAAAUAUUACUAAAUAUUAUCAAUUCUGGAACACUGAGAAAAUAGGGGGCAGUAAUAUUGAACGAUAGACUGAUGAAUUAUGAAUUAGUAAUUUGAUGAUAAACCCUUUCUGACUGUGUGACCAUAUGUAUAAAUGAAUUAUAUAGUGCUCGUCUGGAGACAGGAAUGUGUACAUAUUUCUCUGUGUAACUGUGUAUGUGAUAAUUGUGACAUGGACGUCUUGCUGGUUGCCUGUGGAUGGUGGUUGUAUCAGACAUCUUGUAUUCUUCCAGCUUUACAUGGAAACUGUUGAUCGGUCUCAAACCCGUAGCAUUUGUUUCCUGCCCAACCUCAAAGCUUAUGAACAUUUCUGUGUGACACCAUUAUUGUUCCAGCCUAUAAUUUGGUAUUAUUGUUGCAAACGCAUCGGAAGUAACAACUUGACGUAUUGUAUCUGAAACAUGGACAGGAUUGAGAUACGUUUUUUAUGAUCUAGGGACAGGAGGGUAACCUAGUGGUUGAAUCAUUUGAACAUCACCCUGAAGACCACGGGUUUGAUGCCUCACAUGUGUUUAAUGUGUGAAGCCCACUUCUGGUCCCCACCGUGAUAUUGCUGGAAUAUUUCGGAAAGCAGCUUAAAACCAUACUCAUUCACUUCUAUGAUUAAAGGCAUGUUCUAGUUGCAUAUGCUUUUGGCAGUUACAUUAAUGGGGACAUCACAAGAUCGGAAUAACUGACUUUGACAGAUGUCUUAGUUUUUCUCUAACAUUGACUUGAUCUAAAGACUUUCCUCUGGGUUGAAUUUCGUAAUUACAAGUUUAUAAAUCCUGCUAUUCUUCAACGGGUAUUCAGGGCCCACGUGCACAAAGUGACCUUUAAUAUUUUAUUAUUAUAGGAUAUUUAUAUAGCGCACAUUUCCAGGCAACUAGUGCAUGCUCAAGGUGCUGGUAUUUUUUCCCUCGAUCAUUGGAUGUCAA